CUCUUGUAAUUUCUGAGAUUUAAACUCUGGAAAGAAAAAAUAAAAAUCAGUGAGAAAUAUGGCGAAGAAGAUGUCGAAUGAAAACGGCACCGCCAAAGCUCCUGAAAAUUCGCCACUUAUUUUCGACGAGAAACUGUUGGAAUCGGAUAACGAAGAAAUUUAUAGAAAUUAUCCACUUUCAGACGACACAACUUGUGGAAUCGGAUUUGUGCGUGGGAAGUUCUUACAAAUCUUUGCAAACAAAAAAGCUUUUGUAUUUUUUUACGGCAUCGUGGGCUCAAUUUUCUCCGCAACUUAUGCAUAUUUUAAUGGAACGAUUACGACCAUUGAAAAGCGAUAUAAAAUACCAUCAAGGAACACUGGAUUCAUAUCGACUGGCAAUGAUAUAAGUUCGUUGUUUAUUUCAGCGAUUCUUGCUUACUACGCAGGCAAAGGACAUCGACCACGUUGGAUUGCUUUUGGUUUAUUUGCAAUUGUCGCAUUUUGCAUGUUGACAUCACUGCCACACUUUCUCUACGGACCUGGAGAUCAAGCUUUGUCACUGACGAAGGAAUUUGGAGCUCAAGAAAAUGAUUUGGCGACAAUGAAAGUGCUGGAAAAAGAAAGACAAAAAACACUUUGCAAAACGAAUACAACAGAUGGAGUCGCUGAAUGUGAGGCUGAAGAAGGAGUUUUCAUGCCACAAGUUUUACUUUUUCUUGGUCAACUCAUUGCUGGUGUUGGACAAAGUUUGUAUUACACACUUGGAGCUGCUUACAUCGAUGAUAACGUAAAGAAAUCAAAAACGCCAGCAUUGAUUAGCUUGAGUUACUUUUUGCGAUUACUUGGACCAGCUGGUGGUUAUGCAUUAGCUUCAUUCUGCUUAAAAAUUUACAUUUCACCAGAACUAACACCAACAAUUAAUAAUUCUGAUCCAAGAUGGCUUGGUGCUUGGUGGCUUGGAUGGCUCAUUCUUGGUUCAACACUCUUCAGUUUCGCAUUCGUCAUGUGCAUGUUUCCCAAAGAGUUACCACGUGCAGCAGUUAGAAAACGAAUCGCAUUGGAAAGAAGAAAACGUGGAAUGAAAAACCUUGAACCUGAAAAAGAACCCGACGAUGUUCCAGCAUCAUUCAGUGACAUGAUCGUGACAUUCAAAAGAUUAUUAAAAAAUGUAAUUUUUGUUCUUAACAACGUUGCCUCAGUUUUCUACUACUUCGGUUACAUGCCUUACUGGAUCUUUACACCGAAAUAUAUCGAGACACAAUAUAAACAGUCAGCUUCUACCUCAAGCAUGGUUACAGGGACAGUCGCUUUAGUCUUCUCAGCAAUAGGCGUUCUAAGUUCUGGGAUUGUCAUCUCAAAAUUCAAGCCACGAGCUCGUUAUCUCGCUAUUUGGAAUGUCUUUGUUGGUGCCUUAUCAGUCUUAGGGAUGAUCUCUUAUGCAUUUUUGGGUUGCACAGAGAGUGAACAAUCAGUUGUUAUCAAUAAUCCACUGUCUGGAGUGUCUUCCUGCAACUCUGAUUGUCAUUGUGAUUAUAUUUUUGAAGACUGUGCCUGCAUUUCCAACACAACAAAAGCUAAUAUUGAAUCUUUCACUCUUCCAUCAUCGAUUGAGAAUAAAGAAGAAAGUGAAACAACAUCAAGUGAUGUCUACACAACUUUGACGAAUUUUAUCACUGGUGGAUCAGCAAAGGAUGGUGCAUGUCCAGUUAAUUGCAAAAAGCAAUUCUACAUGUUCUUAGCGGUCGUGUGCUUCAUAAAGUUUUGUGGUGCAACUGGAAGAGCGAGCAACUUCUUAGUUUCAGUUCGAUGUGUUGAAGAACGAGAUAAAACUGUCGCGAUGGGAUUUGGAUUGAUGUUUAUGUGUCUGUUCUCGUUCAUUCCAAGCCCAAUAUUCUUUGGCACAUUGCUCGAUAAAACAUGUUUGGUUUGGGGGAAAACUUGUGGGAGAAAAGGAAAUUGUUGGCUCUAUGAUGGUGAAGUGUUACGGUAUUGGAUGAAUUUUAUUGCGGCCGGAUUUGUGGCCAUGGGAGUGAUAUUCGAUACAGGCGUUUGGUAUUACGUAAAAGAUCUAAAAAUAUUCGAUGAAGAAGUGAAGAAUAAAGAACUUGAGCUUGCGGACAAAGAAGACGAAGUUCAGAUGGAAAAGCCAAUGAUAACCUCUUCAAGCUUCAUUUCAUCACAUCAGUUGAUAAAAAUGCUUUCAUGUGAGAAGAUUGAAAAUCUUAAAAUGGAGAAAAAGCUUGAGGCGGAAGUAUUUUUGAAUGGAGAGUCAGAAAAUUUGAAAGUUUCCAAUGACAAGUAUGAUGAUGAAGAUUAUGAUACAACUUGUGGUUUUGGAUUUUUCAAAGGAAAAUUUAUUCAAAAACUUGCAAGCAAAAAAAGCUUUUUGGUCACUUACUCAUUGACGCAUAUGUUGAUCAAUGCAGCCGCUCAUUACUACAGUGCAACAAUAACAACUUUAGAGAAGCAUUACAAGUUUACAAGUGCACAGACAGCUUACAUUGCAAUUGUGUUUGAUGUCGUAGCUACAAUUGUCUCACUCAUUGCACCACAUUACUGCUCGAGAAGUCACUCGCCUAGAUGGAUGGGAGUAGCAGUAGUUCUGUAUGCAUUUUCUUGUUUUGUCUUCAUUCUUCCUUACAUACUUUACGGAGCUGGUAAUGACGCGUUAUCACUAACAGAAGAAUUUGGAGAUGACAUUUAUGCCAACUCAUCGUUAGAGUUUGUUCACCAGAAGAAAAUGAGCGAACUUUGUUAUGAAAAUAAAACACGUGAUGAUUGUUUGGAGAACAAUAACGAAGGCGACACACAUCUGAUUGCAACGAUAAUACUCAUGAUAGGCAAUGGAUUUCAUGGAAUUGGUGGUGCACUUUUCUUCGUUUUGGGAAUGGUUUACAUAGAUGACAAUGUAAAGAAGUCAAAAGUUCCGCUACUUUAUUCACUCACAAGUUUUAUAAAAUAUUUGUCACCGGCUAUUGGAUACAAUCUCGCGUCGUUCGUUCUUAAGUUUUACGUCACACCAACUUUACAUCCAAAGAUUAAUGAUCAAGAUCCGAGAUGGAUUGGUGCUUGGUGGAUUGGUUACAUUGUCUUUAUCGUUGUGUUGCUCAUUCUUGCACCAAUCAUUGCGAUGUUCCCGAAAAGACUUCCCAGAGCAGCUUUAAGAAAAAAACAAGAACUUUUGGAGAAAUUGAAAAAAAUUGAUGAGACAACAAAGGAAAUUGCUGAUAAGUCAUCUAAAAGUCUAAUGAAAGCUUUCAAACGAUUGUUGUCAAACAAAACUUACGUGUGCAAUUCUAUGGCGGGAAUUUUUUAUUGUUUCGGUUACGUUCCGUUCUUCUUCUUUCAAGCCAAAUACAUUCAAAUUCAUUUCCUGUUUUCUGCGUCAAAAGCAAAUAUGAUAACAGGAACUGUUUCAUUGAUUUUUGCUGCGGUUGGUCUGUUAGUGGCUGGAGUUGUUAUAACAAUUUUUAAGCCUCGUGCGAGAUCUUUGGCCAUGUGGAAUAUAAUUAGUAGCAGUAUCUCUGUUAUAGGAAUAAUUGCCUAUGGAUUCUUCAGUUGUGCUGGUAAUCACAACAAUAUCAUGAUGGAAAAUUCAAAGAGUGACUUAUUUUGCAACACAAACUGUAACUGUGACUAUGUGAAAUAUGCGCCGAUUUGUGGUGAAAAUAAUUUGACUUACAUUUCGUCUUGCCAUGCUGGCUGUACAAAUGAAAUGACUUUUGAGAAUGGAACAAAUUUAUUCACAAAUUGUCGAUGUAUAAACUCAACUUUAUCAAACGAAAGUUUGAAUGUAGGUGGUGGUGGCACAGCAACACCAGGAGCUUGUGCAAUUGAUUGCUUCUCCAAAUUUCUGGCAUUCUUUUUUUUCCUUUGUUUAAAUAAAUUUCUUGGCGGAACUGAAGGAUGUGUAAAUUUCUUGCUUGGUAUGAGAUGCGUUAAGGAGAAGGAUAAAGCAACGGCAAUGGGAUUUUCAACAGCUGUUUAUAGCUUCUUUGGUGUUGUUCCAAGUCCAAUAAUUUUCGGAUGGCUCAUUGACAGAAGUUGCAUUUAUUGGGGAAAAACUUGUUCAGCAAAAGGAAAUUGUUGGCUUUAUGAUACCGAAAAAAUGAGGUACACUUUCAAUAUGGUUUCAGCUGCUUCUGUUUUCAUUGGGACACUUUGGGAUGUCGGAACUUGGUAUUAUUCGAAAAAUAUAGAAAUAUUUGAUAAGAAAACUUUAAAUAAAUCACACGAUGAUGGCGAAACUUCAAAUAAAUCAGACAAUGAUGGCGAAGUUUUUGAAAAAAAAUAA